AGAGAGAGAGAGAGAGUGUGUGUGGAGUGGACUUUUUGCGGCACAGCCUCUGACCGGCCCCUGCAGAGCCAUGUAAAGUCCCAGAGCAGGGACUCUGCACUGACAGUCGGAGCGGCGACACACAGACACACACCACCACCACCACCACACACACACACACACACACACCAACAGUCUCUCUCUCACACACACACACAACCACAUGGCUCAGAGAGUCACCCACAGCCACGGCCUCUUUCCAGAGGGACAGCCGGGGAGGCCCAGGGAAGUACUGGUCAAGUCAGCAUCUGCCUAUGCAGACCUGCAAUGGGAGGCUCCCCAGUCAGAGGUGGUUCAGAGGGACCCUUUCAGCAACUACCAAGAUGUCCCUCCAGUGGCUAGCUAUGCAGCUCAGCCAGAUUACAUGGAAGACGAAGAUGAUCUCAUCAAGCCCAAAAAGCUUGUUAAUCCAGUGAAAGCCUCCAGAAGCCAUCAGGAGCUUCACAGGGAGUUGCUCAUGAACCAGAAACGGGGUGUGGAGACGAAGCCAGAGCUGCAGCGUGUUCUGGAGCAGCGGAAAAGGGAACAGAUGAUCAAGCAGAGGAAGCAGGAGGACGAGGCCAGGAAGAAGAUCUCCCCGCUGGAGCAGGAGCUCCUCAAGAGGAGGCGCGAGCUGGAGGAGCUGGAGCGUGAACAAGAGGAGCAGGAAACAGGGAACCAGAGUGCACCUGAAUUCAUCAAGGUGAAGGAGAACCUGAGGAGGACGUCGUUUAUAAACACGGGGGAGAAAGAGGUGUGAGGACAGGCACCCAUGAGCCACACGGCUGAGAGCCGGAGGAGAGCCGUAGGCGUCCGUCGUCAGUGUGUGUUCUGCUCUGUGCGGCUUGUGCGAUUGGAUACAGGUGCAUGUAUGUGUGUGUGUGUGUGUGUGUGUGUGUGUGUGUGUGUGUGUCUGUGUGUGUGUGUGUGUGUGUGUGUGCGUGCGUGUGUGCGACUGGCAUGACACAAGAGCUGCUGUACAACACCGUGGGCCUGGAGAGGCGAGCUGGCCACGGCCACCGAUGCCUUUACCGUCACACACACACACAGAGCAGCACGGCCUGGGAUGGACGACGCUAAACCUGCCAUUUUCAUAGACCCUUUCAGUCCGACUACACCAACGCAAAGGAGUGGAGUGGUAAGGAAAAGAACAAUGCACAUGAUAUGUCCUAAAAUGAUGAGUUACAGUAAGUUCUGACAUUGUUGGAGGACCGGAAUGUACAGUUUGAACCCUUCUGUAUGAGCUUUUGUGCUACGUAUCUCUUUUUUUGAGGGAGGGAGGGGGGAUUGCCCCAAAGAAGUCUGAAAUAAGGAAUAAUUCAGUGAAUCUGAAAGAGAGAUUAGUGUGUGGAGAUUUUAGUUUCUGCUGUAUGAGGGAUGAACCUGUUCUCAGAAUGUGUUCGACGGAUCUGCUAUGACCCAGAAAUAUGUCUUUGUGUCUUGGCAUUAAGGCACUUCUCUGUUUAAUGUAUGCCAGCUGUUGUGAGUAGUGUGGGCACAGCCUUCGGGAGCAAGUGAUCAGGGGGCAUAAAACAGUGUUAUCAUCAAACCAGGCACAGUGCGAGGAUUGUUAAUUUCACAGCUGCCAAAUACCCUAAAGAAGACGCAUUGCAGGAGAGACUACCUAAAACACUUUUCCUCGCCAGAUACAAUCGGCACAAGUCACUUUUUAGAGUAAAAAAAAAAAAAGAAGUAAAAUAAAGAUAGAACACACUCUUUCUCCCCUUCUGAAAGGAACGCAAAUAUCAUCAUUUGUCAUCAUUUUGUAAAUACGCUCUGGAAUUGUUCUAGUUACUUGCCAUUGCACAGUCAUGACACAGUGGGUGUAUGCAGUCCCAGAUCAGGUCAGGUGUGUGAGGAGGGAGGUGAGACUAUUUCUGCCUGUCUCCACUUCAGUGCCUUCACUGCUGUGCACAGCAGUGGCGUACAAAGCUGACUGAGGCAUACGGGCCACAGUCACAGCUGCAGUGCAGUGUUUCAGCAUCGAAAUCAGUGUGUUGAAAUACAAAAAAAAACAUGUUUUUUUUCUGUAGUUAUCUCAACGUAUUUAGGUUUGUAUGACAAUUAAACAAUGGUCAACACUGUUUUCUACAAGAAUGAAAUACUCAUUGGGCACUUUAGAAUUGUACAUUUUAAUAAUCGUUUGAGUAACAUAACUGAUUUUUUUAUAUAUAAGAAUGAUGAUAUACCGUCUUAUAAUUUCACAGUUUUAGGAAAACCAGUCAGUACUCUACUUUAUUAAGGUGUUCUGAGUAUGCCAUUUUGUUUUCAUAGUGUUAUUUUUUGCCUUUAAAUUGUCCUCAAGCCACUUAAUGUCAGUCAGUACACUUGCAUUUUGUUGUAGACACUUCUUCCUUUUUUCCUGUUUGAUUUUGCUUUUUGUUUUAAUUUGGGGCUGGGGGGUGGGGUGCCAUGUUGGUUUAUAUGUCUCAUGAAAUAUCUAAUCAUAACAAUGCACUCUUCAAGUGUAAAGUGCUUAAUUACAUCACAAUGUGUACAAUUUAAACGAGGAAAAGAAUGUACUACUUUAUAUAACAAUAAAACAUUAACUCU